AGAAAAAAAAAAGAAAAAAGAAAAUAUGGGUUGCGCGCAGUCGAGAAUAGAGAAUGAAGAAUCGGUUUCUAGAUGCAAAGAGAGACGGAAUCUCAUGAAAGAGGCGGUUGGAAUAAGAAACGCCUUUGCUUCAGCCCACUCCGGAUAUUCGAUCUCCCUGAAAGACACCGGUGCCGCUCUCAGCGACUACGCUCAGGGGGAGGUCCCUCCAUCGCCGCCGGAGGCGGCGGCGCCGUCCGACCCACCGCCGUCCGAGCGGCCGCCGCCGCCCCCUCCGCCACCAAUCGAAUCCACCCUCCCUCCCCCACCUCCCCCGCUCCCGAGCUUCUCCCCCAUGCCGCCCCUUAAACGAGCUGUCACCAUGCCAGCGAAUUUAUCAGAGAACAUGAAGGGGAAAAUGAAAGGCAUUGCCAUGGAUGAUGGGGAUAUUUACGAGGAGGAGGAGAUUGAUGAGGAAGAAGAAUACGAGGAGGAGGAGGAGGAGAAAGUAGGGUUUCGUAGGCCGAAAAAGGGAGCUGAUGAAAGUAAAGUAGAUACAACACCUGUAAGGGCCCCACCAAAUCCGGCGACCCCACCAGAACUUAAAGGGAUGGCCUGGGACUAUUUCUUCAUGGACAACAUGGCACAAUCGAAUUUGGACGAGGUCGAGGAGGAGGAGGAAAUGGAGGAGGAAAUGAGGGGUGGUGUGGAGGGCAAAAAUGGAAAUCCUGAGGAUUUCGAGUUCAGGACACCUGAUAAGCUUAAGCAAGUGGGGUUUGAGGGGAUUGAGGAGUUCAAGACUCCGGAUGAGACUCCGGCCGAGAAGCAGUUUGUGCAUUCGAAAACGGCCCCACCUGCAAUGAGUAGAUUUGCCGGUGGUGGAAAUGUUGUGGGAAAUAGUGCUAAUAAUAAUAAUGGUGUGGAUUUAUUGAAAAUUUUGAGUGAGGUGGAUGAUCAUUUUCUCAAGGCUUCUCAGAGUGCGCAGGAGGUCUCGAAGAUGCUGGAGGCCACACGGCUGCAUUACCAUUCGAAUUUCGCGGAUAAUCGAGGACAUAUUGACCAUGCGGCAAGGGUCAUGCAAGUUAUUACUUGGAAUAAAUCCUUCAGAGGUGUUCCUAAUGGGGAUGGGACGAAAGAUGAUCCAGAAGCAGAAGAUUAUGAGACACAUGCUACCAUUUUAGAUAAGUUGCUAGCGUGGGAGAAAAAGCUUUAUGAAGAAGUUAAGACUGGCGAGCUUAUGAAACUCGAGUAUCAAAGGAAAGUUGCUCAGCUGAACAAACUGAAAAAACGAAAUGCUAGCGGCGAACAACUGGAGAAAGCAAAAGCUGCCGUUAGCCAUUUGCACACGCGCUACAUUGUUGACAUGCAAUCCUUGGAUUCAACUGUCUCCGAGGUGAAUGAUAUACGAGACAAGCAGCUGUACCCGAAGCUCGUGGCUCUUGUUCAUGGGAUGGCCAAGAUGUGGGAAUCCAUGUGCGGCCACCACGACUCGCAGCUCCGAGCUGUUGCAGGCCUCCGAGCCCUCGACGCCUCCGGCCUCGUCAUCAUCGAGACAACAAAACACCACCACGCUCGAACCCGCCAGCUGGCCUCCGUAGUCGAGCGUUGGCACUCCCAGUUCGAGAAGCUCGUCUCCAGCCAGCGCAAUUACGUAAAUACCCUCAACUCCUGGCUCAAGCUCAACCUCAUCCCGAUCGAGCGCGCGGAUAAGUCCGCUGCCACCGCCACUUCUCCUCCGCGGGCCCCGCCAAUUCAGCCCUUACUCCGCACGUGGCACGACCACUUGGAGAAGCUCCCGGACGAGGUGGCGAAAGGGGCGAUUUCGUCAUUUGCAGCCGUGAUCCAGACGAUCGUGCUCCACCAAGAAGAGGAGAUGAAGCUGAAGGAGAAAUACGAGGACACGCAGAGGGAGUACCUUAGAAAAAAGCAGUCUUUCGAGGAGUGGUACCAAAAGCAUGGGCAGAGGAAAGGCUCGAUUUCGAACGAGGAGGAGGGAGGAGGAGAGCAGCUGCCGGCGGGGAAAGAUCCGGUGGCCGAGCGGCAGUUUGCGGUGGAGAGUCUGAGGAAGAGGCUGGAGGAGGAGAUGGAGGAGCACCAGAAGGUUUGCGUGCAGGUGAGGGAAAAAUCGCUCGGGAGUUUGAAAGUGAGGCUGCCGGAGCUUUUCCGGGCGCUCUCGGAUUACGCGCACGCUUGCCGGGAAGCGUACGGGAGGCUGAGGGUGAUAGGACAAGCAACAACACCCUGUCAGAUGGUGCUAGAAAUGGUAUACGAAGAGCUCGACCUUUACAUGGGAGAACAAGUGGCCCAACACGGCGUUCUACAAAGGGACAAUGGACAGCGGAAGAGGAAGGUGGUUUUAAAUUUUCGUGAUGAGAUAUUGCGAGUGGCCGUGCAACAGUUCAAAGGAAAAAAUUGGAAAAAGAUAGCGGAACGUUUCAAGGACCGAACAGAUGUGCAGUGCUUACACAGGUGGCAGAAAGUUCUCAAUCCAGAUCUUGUUAAAGGUCCAUGGUCUAAAGAGGAGGAUGAAAUAAUAGUUGAAAUGGUGAAGAGAUAUGGGCCCAAAAAGUGGUCUACAAUUGCACAGCACCUUCCUGGCCGUAUAGGAAAGCAAUGCCGAGAAAGGUGGCACAAUCAUCUGAAUCCCAACAUAAACAAAGAACCCUGGACACAAGAUGAGGAGUUGGAUUUGAUUCGUGCCCAUCAAAUUCACGGCAACAAGUGGGCAGAGUUAACUAAGUUUUUACCUGGAAGAACGGACAAUGCAAUAAAAAAUCAUUGGAAUAGUUCGGUCAAGAAGAAACUAGACAUGUAUUUAGCUUCGGGAUUGCUCUCUCAGUUCCAAGGUCUUCCGCUCGUCCCACAUCAGUCAGCAGCUGCUUCAUCCUCCUUAAAGGCUCCACAAAGCAGUGAAGAAGAUGAUAGUGUCGUUAAAGUCGGACUGGAAUUAGAGGAAGCAUCUGAGUGCAGUCAAUCUUCAGCUUUGGCCUCGAUAUCUAGGCCCACUAAUAAUAACACAGUAGCACCACGAACAAAUGCAACUGAAGAAUCGAACCCAAUUCCUCCGACCUCAGAAGAUUACCAUCCCCCGUUUCAAGAAGAUGUGUUUGCCGAACAAUUUCCUGAAAGUGGGCUCUCUCUGGAUUGGGGUGCUUUCAUGGGGAAAAACUGGCAAUUUAAUCCUAAUGAGUUACCAGACAUGACAUUGCUUGACCUGGGCCAAGAUUCCGGAAUGUUCUUGAGUAAUAACCACGACGCAUUACCUCCACAAGAACCUUCUGUGCCAGAAGAUAUUAUUAUUAAAGACGUCAAACGAGAAGAAGAUCCAUUACUAUUUCAUUCUUCCAAAUUUCAGAUAAAUGAAGACGACACGACUUUCGGGCCACAAUUGUUUUACCUGCCACCCGAUUUGCUGGCCAGCUCUUCUUCUUUCACUCAAUCUGUCCCAUUUCCCGAUCAAAUUCCUCUUGCCGACGAGACACUCGCUUUCGGCAACAAUCCAAAUCCGUAUAAUAACUCUUCGCAAGCAAAUAUACCCGAUGGAUUUAUUUGCCCCAAGGACUCGGAUAACAACUCCAAUAAUGAGCUCAAAGAGUCGCCUAAACUCGUCCCAGCUAAUGAUUUUUUCCUGCCACCACCGAACGAUGAGCAAAAAGAAGACGAGCAAAAGGACUCGGGAGGGAGCCUAUUUUACGAGCCGCCACGUUUUCCGAGCUUGGACAUACCGUUCUUCAGCUGCGACCUCGUGCCACCUGGCGGCGACACUCAUCUGGAGUACAGUCCGCUCGGCCUCCGCCAUGUAAUGGCUUCCUUUCGGAUGUGGGACUCACCAUCUAGGGAUGAGAAUGGUUGUUUUAGUCCGGAUGCUGUCUUAAAAAGUGCCGCCAGGACUUUUACCGGAACGCCCUCGAUUGUGAAGAAGAGGCACCGGGACUUGGUGUCCCCCUUGUCGGAAAAAAGGGUCGAGAAGAAGAAGCAGGAGCAGUUUUCUUUGGGCUUGGAUGGGAAUUUCUCUCGACUUGAGGCUAUGUUUGAUGAGUGCAUGGGUAGAGAGAAUGAAGCCCCUGAGGAAUGUUUGGAUGAGAGAGUUGAAAAGACUGCACUAACCGAUGACCGGAAAACGAGUGGGGAUAACGAUAAUGAUGCAUUGGAAAUGGGGAACGAGUUUUCUGGAAUCCUUGUUGAGCAGAAUAUGAAUGACAUGACAUUCUUUUCCCCUGAUCGUUUUGAAGGCAAGGCAGCAGAUAGAUCUAUUGGUCUAAUAAGUGCCCGAGCUCUUGGGAAACAAGGUACUCGAAGAGUGGACUCGAGUAUUUCUGUCCUUUGUUCUCCUCGAGUGUGUGCCAAGGGCGACGGGACCAAUUUGAUCAUAGCUACAACAUCUCUUCAAUCCACAAGUCCCGAGAAUAAAGUCAAAAAUUCGGGCAAAGGCAUAGCAUCCGAAAACAAUAGUGGUGGCAUAUUCAUAGACACACCAUUCAAGAGGAGUAUAGAAUCUCCUUCAGCUUGGAAGUCCCCUUGGUUCCUCAACACUUUUGUUCAAGGCCCCAGAGUCGAUACCGACAUAACAAUCGAGGACAUUGGCUACUUCCUGAGCCCUGGAGACAGGAGUUAUGAUGCGCUCGGGUUAAUGAAGCAGUUAGGAGAGCAGACUGCCGAAGCAUUUGUGGAUGCCCAGAAUGUUUUGGGAGAUGAAACUCCUGACACAAUAAUGAAGGGAAAAUGCUUCGUGGACCGACAAGCAGCAGACAAGGAGAAUCAUCAUUGCAGCCCGAGCUCUAACCAAGACCUUCCCAUUUCAGCUUCCAAUUUUACGGAAAGGCGAACGCUCGACUUUAGCGAAUGUGGAACGCCUGGAAAGGAAACCGGGAAGGUGUCGAGCGGAGUAGGUUUCUCGACUUCGUCUGAGUAUUUGUUGAAAGGUUGCAGGUAGAUGGAGAAGGCAUUGCCAAACCAUCCCAUUGUCUUUUUUUUUUCUCUGUCCGUACGUGUGCCUUUUCCUCUUUACCUUAUGUNGUUUAUAUUU